ACUCAUGAGAGGGAUGUUCAUCAGCAUGAAAAUGUCUUUUAGAAGGCCAAGGGACAAAGCAGAGCAGACCAUCUGGAACAGACUCAAACAGCUUGGAGUCCUCAGAAAGAAGCGGCCUAAGACCGAUGUCCCUUUGGAAAUCGGAGCGUUGGGCUGCAUGGCAGAGCGACUAAAAACCGAGCUGUUAGAAAGAGAGCAGCUGGUGGACGUCAUAGCAGGACCAGACGCUUAUAGAGACCUACCACGUCUCCUGUCUCUCGCUCACGGAGGACAGAGAGCCAGCAAUGUCCUACUUUCUCUGGAGGAGACCUACGCUGAUGUCAUGCCAGUCCAUCAUGCAGGACACAGUGCUUUUGUGUCCGUAAUGCGUGGCUGUGACAACAUGUGCAGCUACUGUAUCGUCCCCUUUACUCGUGGAAGAGAGCGGAGCAGACCCGUGUCCUCCAUACUGGAAGAAGUGCGCAGACUCUUUGACCAGGUGGCUUCUCGUCCUGUACACUAUUUGUCUAUAAAGGGUGUAAAGGAGGUGACUCUGCUAGGGCAGAACGUGAACAGCUACAGGGACGUAUCAGAGAUGCAGAUCAGCACCUCAGGGGUUGUUUCAGGUCUCAGUCGGGGUUUCAGCACGGUGUACCGUGAGAAGCAGGGAGGUCUACGCUUCGCUGACCUUCUGGACAGAGUCUCCGUGAUCGAUCCUGACAUGAGGAUACGCUUCACCUCUCCACAUCCCAAGGAUUUUCCAGAUGAGGUGUUGGAUUUGAUUCAGUAGAGGAAUAACAUCUGUAAGCAGAUCCAUCUCCCAGCUCAGAGUGGCAGCAGUCGGGUUUUACAAUCCAUGAGACGUGGCUACACCCGGGAGGCGUACCUCGAACUAGUGGAGAACAUUCGAAGGAUAAUCCCAGGUGUCAGUCUGAGCAGCGACUUCAUCACCGGCUUCUGUGGCGAGACGGAGGAGGACCACCAGCAGACACUGUCUCUGAUCAGGGAGGUUGGCUACAAUGUAGGCUUCCUGUUCGCCUACAGCAUAAGGAAGAAAACGCAUGCAUACCACCGCCUCCAAGACGACGUCCCUGCUGAGGUGAAGCAGAGGCGCCUGGAGGAGCUCAUAUCUGUGUUCCGUGAGGAAGCCACUAAACUGAACUCGGGUCUCAUCGGGAGCACGCAGCUCGUCCUAGUGGAGGGAGUGAGUACUGAACGGAAGAAAUUUUUAAAGAUUUGCUUUUGGCUCCUCUGA